UUGCUUGGACCCGUUGUUCACCCGGAAGUGUAGUCUUGUACAGUUGUACUGUGAUCUUUACUCUCUCAGUGGAGCUCAGAGGACACACAUGGACUCCUGGGUCCGCUUCAGCAGCCAGAGCCAGGCCAAGGAGCGGCUCCUCAGGGCGGCUCAGUAUGGCUGCACAUUAUUGGGGUACACGCUGCAGAGGAACGGGGCCAGUAAUGAAGUCCUUACCACCAUCAAGCAGCUGGAGGCCCACCUGAGCCUGGGGCGAAAGUUGUUCCGAUUGGGUAACUCGGUGGACGCCCUUGAGUCGGCUAAGCGCGCCAUCCAUCUGUCAGAUGUGGUACUGCGCCUGUGCAUCACCGUCAGCCACCUGAACAGAGCCAUGUACUUUGCCUGCGAUAACAUCCUGUGGCUGGGGAAGAGCGGCCUGUCCAAGAAGAUGGACCAGGAGAAGUGGAGCCAGCGCUCCUUCAGGUAUUACCUCUUCUCUCUCAUCAUGAAUCUGAGCCGAGACUUCUACGAGAUAAAACUACUGAUGGAGAAGGAAGCCGCCAUCCAGCGUUCCUCAUCUAAAGCGCCAGCAGCGGAGGACGCUGCCGUGUCCCGGGGGUUUGGCGCUGGACAGCAGACCUUAGCGAUGCAGCUACGUCUUCUGCUCCAUGUCCUGCGCACUAACCCCCCGCUUCUCCUGGACGUGGCGAAGAACGCCUGCGAUAUCUUCAUUCCUCUGGACAAGCUGGGACUGUACAAGACCAACCCUGGCGUGGUGGGAGUGUGCGGCCUGACCUCCUCCAUACUGGGCAUCCUCACCAUCCUCCACCCCUGGCUGAAGCUCAAGCCCUGACCACCAUGACGGCUACUGCCCUGGCUCCUGACAUCCAGAAGUGUGGGAAAGCUGGAUGACCGCUGCUCAUGGAGUACGGGAGUAACUCAGUCUGAUAAUGUGAUGUCCCAUAUCACGGUGGCGGUGUCACCCCUGAGGCCCCGCCCCCCCCCCCUUAUGUCUUGUUAGCUUGCCCUCCACCGCCACCUCCUCUUUGGUUGCUGUAAAUUACCGCUGCUCCACCCAGGAGCCUGCAACCGUGUUAACCCUCUAAUGGCCGUACGUCUCCAAUCACAUGAUCGACCCUCUGCUGUAUAUAAUGUAAUAAUGUAAAUAAUCAGCACCUCAAAUAAAGAGACACCUUUUA